CCUCCAUUCAUCCCCUUUCCAGUUCUCCAGCAGGGCUGCUGCCUGACGGAUCCUCUCUGCCUGCACUUCUCUUCGCCCCGUUCCCCCAACAAGACUCAGUUCCCGCAUGAAUCGGUAUCGAAACGCUCCCGGGCUGAGAGGCCCUACCAAGGCGACUCCGAGUACCUUGUGUCAAAAAUGCCUAAAACGAGGGCACUACAGCUAUGAAUGUACAGUGACGACUCAGGAGCGGCCGUACAUGUCCCGCCCCUCGCGCACGCAGCAGUUGCAGAACCCCAAACUGCGCCCUCAACUUUCGGCGGACGUUCUUAGUGAGGAAUCUCGCACGACAGGGCUGGCUGAUGAAAUUCUGGCAAAGAAGCGUGAGGGAGAACGGGGUCGCAAAAGAGACCUGGAUGAAGUAGACCCUCAUGAUAGUCGGACACAGAUGUCGAAGCGAGCCCGGUCAGCCUCAUCGCACUCGGUCAGCUCCGUCGCAACGAUAUCCACCAGUCGGUCACACUCCCGAUCGCCCGCCCGCGGUGGAGACUACGGCGCAAGACGAAGCCAGGAGCGAACAAGAUCUGUCUCCCCACAUCCCAGGAAGAGACGGUACAGCGAUUCAUCCUCCCAGUACUCCGAUGCGUCUCACUCGUCUGGCGAAAGGGGGCCUCGCUCUCGGUCGCGCGAGUGGUCGGAUGACAGAAACACUCGGCGGAGACAUCGAGAGUCCAGCCCCGACGAACGAGGGCGGCCUCGACACCUGUCGCGAGACGGGGGCCGACGGGAUAGGACCCGAAGUCGGAGCGUGGAUCACAGCCGAAUUGCCAGAGCACGACGGUCUGUCACCCCCAGCACACUGCCUGAGAGCGGCCACUCCGGGUCCAGGGAGCAGCAUAUGGACCAUCCGGGUCCCUCCCACAGCCGUCCUACCAACUUCGGCAGGGGAGGCGGACGGGAUCAAGGACGUGGACCUCCACCUCGAAAGGAACGGAGUCUCAGCCCAUACAGCAAGCGCAUUGCGCUGACCCAGUCUAUGAACCUGGGCAAUUAGGCGUCGUUUGUUUUGAAUAGAAAAAGUGCUGAUCAAGGAUGCAUGGGAGUUUGGCGUUUUCCCUUCUCGAGGUUCAUCCCCGCCGGCCGAUUUGCCUGGGUUUCUGAACGCGGCACUGUACUAUAGCAAGAUUACACGGAAGGUUAAUGCAAUAAAAAGUAAUUUUU